AUCCCUCUGAAGCCAGUUUACGCCAACAUGACAUCCUCCAAAGUUACAUUUACGCUCAAAAAUAGUGCGCUCUUAAGAAACAAAGCGUAUGUAGGAGGCAACUGGGCCGAAGCCAGGUCAGGGAAGACAUUUGAUGUAUAUGAUCCCGGAAAUGGAAGGGCUUGGAUUUCUUGCCCCGCGAUGGGCGCUGAGGAUGUCGACAGCGCCGUUUCAUAUGCCCACGAUACCUUUCAAAGAUACUCGAAAUCGAAUCCGCGUACUCGAGCCCGCUUACUCCUGAGAUGGGACGAGCUAAUAAGAGAAAAUAAGGAGGAUCUGGCACAGAUUCUAGUGCAUGAGACAGGUAAACCUUACAAAGAAGCAUUGGGGGAGCUUGACUAUGCUCUGGGCUUCACUUGGUGGUUUGCAGGUGAAGCAGAGAGAGUCCAGGGUACCAUUUCCACUCCGUCCGCUCCUGGACGACGUGUUUUUACUGUAAAGCAACCUAUCGGAGUUGCUGUUGCACUGGUACCAUGGAACUUCCCCGUCGCUAUGAUAUUGAGGAAAGCCAGUGCAGCAUUGGCGGCAGGUUGUACGAUGGUGGUCAAGCCUUCACCGGAAACGCCCUUGACAACGCUAUCUCUGGCAUACUUGGCUGAACAGGCGGGCUUUGAUAAGGGUGUCUUCAGUGUCAUGACUACUGAUUUGGAAAACACGCCAACGUUAAGUGAGGCUCUUUGCAAGCACCCGCUUGUUAGGAAAGUGACUUUCACGGGAUCGACUAGAGUUGGCAAACUAGUUGCAAAACACUGUGCAGAAGGUCUCAAAAAGGUUACACUUGAGCUCGGAGGCAAUUGCCCCUUUAUUGUCUUUGAUGACGCAGACUUAAACCAAGCCGCUGAAGCACUCAUGCUCUUAAAGUUUCGCCAUGCGGGGCAGGCAUGUAUCACUGCCAACCGCGUCUAUGUUCAACAGAGCGUAUACGAACGUUUCUCUAAUCUCUUGGUCGAAAAGGCUCGCUUGCUCAAGCUAGGCCACGGAAGUAAAUCUGAUACUACAAUGGGACCAUUGACAACCAAGGCUGGAGUUGCCAAAGCUACGUCUCAUGUUGAAGAUGCAAGAAAACAUGGCGGCAACAUUGCAACAGGCGGCAGAGCUCCUGGCCUGGAGGGGUACUUUUUCGAGCCUACGAUUAUCACCGGGGCAAAUAAAGAUAUGUUGAUUGUACAUGAGGAGACAUUUAGCCCUGUCUUGGCACUCCUGUCAUUCGACACAGAGGAAUCAGUCGUGAAAGCUGCGAAUGAUACUAGUAUGGGUCUUGCAUCUUACUUUUUCACCAAGAAUGUUGACCGUACUUGGCGUUUACUUGAGAAUUUGGAGGCAGGCAUGAUCGGCAUGAAUACAGGGAACUCCUCAGCAGCUGAGUCGCCUUUUGGAGGGAUUAAAGAGUCUGGAUAUGGAAAAGAGUCUGGGAAGGAUGUAGCAAUUGCGGAGUAUCUGAUCACGAAGACGGGAACAAUGUCGUUAGAUAAUCAUUAUUAGGUCGUGUUAUAGCAACAGCCAGA